AUGCCACGAGCCGGGAGCCAUGUCCAGCAACAUUAUUGCGAGCAUCCAGCCGACAAAAGAAAGUCUCCGGAACCAGAUGCAACGAUAGAGCAACAGGAAAUCCUCUAUACAAUAAGAAAUAGAACACUCGAAGACAAACUCCGAAGAAUUCAAUUGUGUAUCAAGACGCUCCAGUCCAUAAACGAUGACUGGCUCAAGUAUACACGAACAAUCACCUCAACGAAAAAGAAGGAGGAAGAAGAAAAAGCGUUCGAAGUAAUCACAAUGGGUGAAACAGGAAUAUACCAAAUAUUGCAGCAAGGUAAUGAAGCGAUAAUAACACUAAUCAUGCAUAAAGAGGAUGUUGAACAAAAGUUAAUACAACUUUCAAAGGAAAAAAGAAAAGAAUGUUGA